AUGGACACAUACCAACUUGCUGCCAAUACUCAUCGUCGCGCUCAAGACUUCCAAGAAGGCGAUUAUGUUAUGGUACGUGUUUGCCCUAAGCGAUUUCCCAAACAUUCUUUUAAGAAACUUCAUGCUCGAUCGAUGGGUCCUUAUCGUAUCCUUCGCAAGUUGGGUGCCAAUGCUUACUUGGUUGAACUUCCUCCUGAUGUUCAUAUCAGUCCCAUUUUCAACGUAUUUGAUUUCUUUCCAUACCGAGGUACUUUUACUCCUCCUGUUGCGAUUGAAAUAACCCAUGCUAUUGUUCCUUCUGCUGCUCCUUGUGUGCCUGCUUCCCAUGCUGCUCCUACGGAUCAGAUCUCCCAAGUCUUAGAUCACGAAGUGGUGGCUUCAGCCCUUGGGGGGUUUCCUCGUUUUUUGGUUCGUUGGGUGAGACGUCCAAAUACAGAUGCCACUUGGAUUACUGAAAAUGAGUUUCGUCAACUUGAUCCUUCUCUUCUCCGUCAAGUUCAAGAUGAUUUGGUAGCAGCUGAAGUUACUGAUAUUCGUCCUCCUAUUAUUCAUACCUACAGUCGGCGCCGUCGUCAUUAA